AUGCAAAUCCUUGCGACGAUCCUGGGCCUUGCUGCCACCGCCGCUGCUAUUGAUGCCCGACUCUACUACAACCGCGGUUGCAGUGGCAGUGGCGUUCAAUGCGGCGGUUUGAACCCGGAUACUUGCUGUCCCGCAGGAGGGAACGACUUUGGGAGCGUUGAAUUCAGAUUCAUCCCACUCGACUGGACUAUUGAGGGCAGGGGCCAUUCCGGUGGCAACUGCAACAAUUUGCAAGAGAGGGGCUACCCUACCAGGGUCGACUCUAUUUGCCUUAGCCUGGGGCCAUUCUCUGGUGCCGGUUACGGCUUUAGGAACAAGAAGCGCGGAGAGGCCGAAUAUGCAGACUGCGCAAAGACCGAUUCCAUUUUUACCGAAGAUGGGGUCAACUAUAACCUUGCUGAUUUGGACGAUGAUACUGUCGCUAAACUGUAA